GCUGACGCAUAAUAAUGCCUUUCCAAUGUGGACCACGCCCGUUAUUAUGACGAACUGCUUAUUUCGAAAUUCGUUUUGCCGUUUUAUUACAUUGUUACCUCUAUUGGUAAAGUAAUUUGACAUCAUAUUGUUUUGCGUUUGUAAUACGGGAAUUGAAAAGAGGACAGUUUCUUCGCAGAGAGAAUUCUCUCUAUGAGGUGAUGCUCCAUUGAAGCCGAGAUGUCCUACAGCUAUCCCGCCAAAAUCAACGUGCCUCCGGGUUUGAGGACGCUUUUGGAAGGCCUCAGUCGGGCGGUAGUGAAAAGGCGGCCAGAUUACAUCUCACAGUUUGCUCAGUUGUACUUUGCUGAGCUCUUGCGCUUCAGGACAGAAAAUCCAACUCUUGCUAUCAAAGCCCUCGUGAGAGAAUUCAAUACAACUGAAGUGCCUAAAUUACCAAGUCAUGGCAUUGGAACUGUGAUUGCUCCACUGGCAGUUCAGAAUGAAAGUGCCACAGCAGCCUCUUCUGGUGGUCCAUAUGUCCAACCAUGUGGAGUUCACCCUCCAGUCGGGAUUUUCCCAACCCUUCCCAGUAUUCCAGGAGUGGAGCAGCAGGGUGCUGAGCAGCCCUGGAUCCACAGCCAGGACAUUCUGUACACCGUCUCAACAUUGCCUGUUCUAUCAGACUCAAUUGAAGCUUCAGAGCAGACCGAUGAUGUAGUCGUCUUCCGCAGGAAAUCCAGCACCGACUGCAUGACGGUUGACUGUGACAUCAACUCUGCUGCUUCAGACCGGACCCGGCGAACCGAGUCAGCUCUCUUCGAGAGGGUCCCACUGAGUGAGAUCGAUCUCAUAUCCAAUGCUGUUCUGAUCAGGACACCUUCUGUGCCCUGUGAGUACAUGAUUGUGGUGCAGUCAGACAAUAUCCCAGAGACCAUAGUGUUUCAGAGAGACUCAUCAGUCAGUAAGAAAAUGAGGAAUGCUCGAGCAGCAGCUGGUGGUGCUGCCACUGGUGCACCGGGCAACGCCCAGUCUGACUGCACACCCUGUUUGACCCCGCCUAUAGCCCCAUCACAAAUGGUCAAAGAUCAGCCAGCCACCAAAUUGGUCACGCCCUUAGUGGUGACUGAGGACCCUCCGCUUUUUGGUGGUGGAAAUAAGGCUGCCUUAACCCAACCUGGUUGGAAUCCACUUUUACCUGGAGACAAUUCUUUCUACAAGCACAUGGAUGUAAAUAAAGCAUUACCUGAUGCAAAUGCCUACAACCCCUACAUGAAUGAAAUGAUAGUGGAUCAAAUGAAUGGGGUGAACUUUGGUAUUUUACCCAAGGUGUCAGAUGAGAUGACAGGCUUCAAUGUUAUGGGCCCACCCACCUUCAUGCCACCAGGUGUUUCAGCAGCAGAAGAAAUAAGAGCUUCUAGUUUAGUGUAUCCUCCGAUUUCAGCUGGACAGGAGGCUAAUGCACUCCGUUUGGUGCUCCCGACGAUUUCCAUUGCUCAAGAAAGUGGAGCACUCCCAUUGCUUAGCCCACCAUCUAUCUCAAAGCCACAAGCCAUUACAGUCCCCAGUGUGAUGUGCCCAGCCAUCUCACAACCAGAGGAAACAAAGACCUCCAAGGCAGAGGAAAUAGAGGCCCUCCGAUCAAUGUACCCUCCUAUUGUGCCACCCAGUUUACCAAACGCAUCUGUACCAGCUCCACAGGAAACAACAGCCACUCUGCUUAAUCCCCCAUUUUUGGCCCAGGAGGAAACAAGACCCCCUUCAUUGCCACUCACCCAGGCCCCAGUUGCCCACAUGCAUCAGUGCACUGGUCAGAAUGCACUAGCAUUUCAUGUGAAUGAGGAGAGCAGAAGAACACCAUAUAUGAUUCCAUUGGUCUCUCAAAGCAUUAUGGGAGUGACACAGAUGUAUGUUCAACCACAACAACCCCAGUUCAUUCACAGCUGGUCCAGAGAAGCAGAUUCACAAAGGCCAUGUAACACAGCGCCUACUGCGGCCAUGCCAGAGUGCCAGUAUGUUAGACCUGGAGCCUGUGGUAGCAGCUGGAGACCUUGCCACCUGGCACGCCCUGAGUUUAUGGCCGGGAUGCCAACAGCUGUGGCUUGCCCAGGAGGAUCUAGGACUGUGAUUGGCUGUGGGCAAGAGCAAGGCUACCUCCCUGACCAGGCCAACUUGCCAAUGCACCAGGACUUUGGGCCCCGGUUCAGCUCCCAUCACAUACGUAUGUGUGGUGCCAACUUGUUUCAAACCCUCUGCCCCAUGAGUGGUGCCUACGUGCCAGUCAAACCCUCAGACCAUCGCUGCUGCCAGGCUGCCCCUGAUGUGGUCCUUCCACACUAUGCACUGAUCAACAGCCCAACUCACGGUGUUGCCUCUUAUCUUUGCCCUACUCCAUCAUCCAUGCAGCCCCAGGGUUUUGCCUAUGAUUCUGUCCACAUGUAUGGUCCCCACAGUGAAACUGUAAAUGCAAUGUCAUCCACCUUCAAUGUGAGGGCCCAUGCAGGCCACCAGCAAGGGACAACAGAACACUGCAGAGAGCCCAGUAAUAUGCCAAUGGGUGAACAUCCAAAUGAGCAGAAUUAUUCUGGUUAAUGACAGCACAUCGCCAGGAAUGAACAACUUAUUUAAUUUGUUCCUGAAAACAUACUGAACACCUUCAACAUUCUGCAAUAAACAUAGCUAUCUUAUGAAA